AUGGCGCGCUCGAUUCCGAAACCCAAUCCGAUCCUGGACACCCUGCUGGUGAGCCUGCUCGUGUGCGAGCUUGGGGUCAUCACACACACGCUGUGGGAUGACAAGCAGAUGCUUUACAUCCUCAUCGCCAUGUUCUUCGUGGUGGCGCUUGCUGUCAAGCUGACCAAGGCCUCGUUUGCUAUCGGAGGCGGUUGGUUCUCGCGUACCUUCUUGCAGCAUCUAGGAGACCCGCUCAAGAAGGCGGUAACCAUGAAGAAGUGGUGCGAUCAGUCAUGGCAGCUCGUUAUUCACGUGUCAAUGACUAUCUUCGAGCUGUACGUGCUCCGCGAUGAGACGUGGUGGCAGGACACGACGACACUGUGGAAUCAGGGAACGGAUACGGGCGUGUUCCCGACGCAGAAGUUCAGCACCAAGCUACUUUACAUCACCCAACUGGCCAUUUGGAUUUACACUGCGUUCUCGUGCAAGUUCUUGGAGGAGAUCCGUAAGGACUAUUUGGUCAUGAUGACCCACCACGUCGUCACGAUCGCGCUUGUUACGUGGUCGUACGCGGUUGGCUUUUUACCGGUUGGUGUGGUCGUGCUACUGCUCCACGACAUGACUGACAUCCCGCUCGACAUGCUGAAGAUGGCCAACUACCUCAAGAUGGAAGGCGUCCCGGGACUGUUCACGAGCGAGAUCCUGUUCGUUAUCACGAUCGUGCUGUGGUUCUACUACCGCAUCUACCAGUACCCGACCAAGCUACUUUACACCACCAUGGUGGAGAACCGCGAGGCUAGCAUGGCUAUGGUGGACGCUCACGACUUCACACAACUGUUCCCACACCCAGGCCCUCCGUCGUGGCUGCUCUUCAACGUGCUGCUCACGACGCUGUACUGUCUGCACAUUUGGUGGGGACUCCUGUUGGUGCGGGUACUCAUUGGCGUGGUAACCAAGGGUGCCCACGAUACCGCAAAGGAAGAGUACGAAGGCACGUCCGAUUCGGAUAACGAGAGCAAAGAAGACUAG